AGGACGAGCGGACUGAUACACCUCAGGCCUUACUUUGAAUCGCUAUCUUCAUUCACUUCGAACAUACAACUUGUCGAAUUCUCUUUUUCAGAUCGACAACACCGACAACACCGACAAAAUGAGUCAACCAACAGGACGCUACAUUGAGCCUGUGGCCAUCUGCGGAAUGGCCAUGCGCCUUCCAGGCGGCGUCAAGACUCCUGAAGACUAUUGGGAUGUGUUGUACCACGGCAAGGACCAAAGGUCCCCAGUACCUCUCUCCCGUUACAACAUUAAGGGAUUCAACAGCGAUAUGGGCAAGACGAACACCGUCUAUCAAGAUCAUGCCUACUUCCUGGAAGACGACCUAGCUGCCUUUGACGCUGGUCUAUUCACAAUGACCAGGAACGAACUAGAAAAGGCUGACCCGCAACAACGUCUACUCCUGCUCGUUGUCCGUGAGUGCCUGGAGAGUGCGGGUGUAACUGACUACCGGGGUAGUCUUACAGGCUUCUUCGUUGGCACCUUUUCAGAGGAUUGGUUACAGACACAGUCCAAAGAAGAAAUGCACCCUACUGGGUAUGUUCUUACAGGUCAUCUCGACCCGAUGCUGGCAAAUCGGGUUGCCUUCGAGUAUGAUCUUCGUGGCCCUGCCUUUGUCAUCAAGACAGCAUGUUCCUCCUCCAUGAUUGCACUUCACAACGCAGUUCGAUCUGUUCAGAACCGUGACUGCAAUGCUGCAAUCGUGUCUGGAUCCAACCUGAACAUGACACCCAUAACCACUGCUUCUAUGACACAGGAAGGAAUUAUGUCCCCUGAGGGUUCGUGCAAGACCUUCGACGCACGUGCUGAUGGGUAUGGACGUGGUGAAGCAGUGAAUGCUAUCUACAUCAAGCCGCUAUCUGAUGCCAUCCGAGACGGCAACCCGAUCAGAGCAGUCAUCCGGAACACUGGUGUCAACCAGGAUGGUCAAAGCACUGGUCUAUUCGCUACCAGUAUCGUGGCGCAAGAGGCACUGAUGAGAAAGGCAUAUGUCGAUGCGGGUCUGGACCCGGCUGAGACUGCUAUGGUUGAGUGUCACGGAACCGGAACCCCAGUAGGAGACCCCGUCGAGGCGAUCUCUGUUGGAAAUGUCUUUGGCCAGCCCAAUGGUAUCUACAUUGGAUCUGUCAAGCCUAACCUUGGUCACUCGGAAGCCUCAGCGGGUAUCUCGAGUUUGAUGAAGGCUGUCUUGGCCUUGGAGCACAAGAUUAUCCCUCCCAACAUCAAGUUCGAGGUUCCUAACCCCAGAAUUCCAUUCGAGGAGAAGAAGAUUUCCAUUCCUGUGAAGCCUAUGCCUUGGCCUAAAGGAAAGGCAUACAGAAUCAGCGUGAACUCCUUUGGCAUCGGCGGUACCAAUGCCCACGUAAGUUCGCUCCUCUAAUACAACUCCACCUAUACUCACAAAUAACUAGGUUAUCGUUGAAUCCGCCGAGCAAUACCUCAAGGAUUUCACCAAGUCUCGGUUCGGUGCCGAGCUUGCUCUUGUCUCCGCCAACUCUCAGGAUUCCCUGAAGGCUGGAAUUGAGAACCUCAAGCAAU